UAAUUCAAGAUACAAAUGUUGAUGUUGACAAAGACUUACUUGAGGGAGAUUCUUCUCUUAGUCAAAGUGUACGAGUGUGACUGAGAAAUCUAUACAGGCCAUUGAAAGUUAUAUAUUAGAUUUAAAAAAGUGAUUUUUAAUAUAUGUAUGUAUUAUGUGUUAGGCGUGUACAUAAUAAUUCAAACUGGAGAUCUGGUCCAGGUGUGGGGCGAUCUCACUCUUAUGACAGCUUCCGUUUUCAUGCUCUUUACAAACAUCGCUUAUGCUAUUAAGCUCGCUUGUGUUAUUCAAAGAAGGGAGUUGAUUCAAAAAAUUAUUUUUGACGGAGACAAUGAACUGGACGGUCAAAAGACAAAGCUAGCGAUUCAAACAGUUGAAAGAUAUCGCAAGGAUACCAUCCGGCUAGUUACAGUCUACUUUUCUGUAGCAUUCUCCAGCGUUUUUGGCAUCACAUUUUCCGGUGAGAAGGAUCAGCUGCCUCUGAGAGCCUGGUACCCCUUUGAUGCAACUAAGAGGCCAGCGUACCAAUGGACUUAUGCUUAUACAAUUUUAUUUUUCAUUGCAUUAAGUAUCAAUGCUGCUGUAAAUUUGUGUUGCGACGUGUUGGUUGCGGCACUCAUCGCUCAGUGCCGCUGCCGACUGCGGCUGAUAGCUCAGUCGUUAAGGACUUUGUGCGAUGACGUCGAUGUCGAUAAAAAGGGUCGCAUAACGGCAGACAGUGAGAAGGUUGUCGGCAGCCGCGUCCGUAGUAUUGUGAUGCGUCACCAGCUCGUGUUGGCGCAGGUGGAGCAACUUCAGCAGUGCUUUUCCGUACCAAUACUGGGGCAGUUCGCUGUCGCCUCCUUUAUAAUAUGCGUGACAGCCUACCAAAUGGCAUUCGUUACAAACUUAUAUCGUCUAAUCUCUAUGGCCUCGUUUGAAAUAGCAGUAACGAUACAAGUGUACAUCUACUGUGUAGCGGGAACAAAUCUCACUAUAGAUAGUGACGAAGUCUCGAGGGCGGCCUACGAGUGUCCCUGGUACGAGUGUCCUGCCUCCAUCCGCCGCCUCCUCCUCGUGAUUAUGGUGAGAUGUAAGCGAGCCACUGUAAUCACUGUGGCUGGAAUCGUGGAAAUAUCGUUGGACACAUUUAUGUCUAUUAUGAAAGCUUCUUACACGUUUUUCACGGUUUUACAAAGCACAGGAGAGUUGUAACCUACAGCAGCUUGUAUUUUGUUAUUAUUUAUUUGAAUUUAGAAUAAUAAACAUCUUAUAAAAGCACCUCUAGGCAAAUAUUGAUAUAUAAAUACAUAUAUGUAUAUUUUUUUUCGGAUAAAAAUUUGAGUGUUUUAAAUAUCAUGGAACUUCUUCAUAAAGUAACUUUUUGAAAAUACAAAUGUUUUUUAUACAUUACUACCGAUCACUGCGAUGAGAAUCUUUUCAUACAGUAAAAAGCUAAGUAAUAAAACAAAAAGCGAAACUUAUAAUGGUAAUGUCAAUGACAGCUUGGAAUACAAAACAAGAAAAAUGAACUCGUUUAAACAAAUAUGAUCUGUAUCUUUAUAUUUCAGCUGACAUCGACUCGCUGCGUAAAAACAUUAACAGAUUUGCAUUCACAAAUUUAACGAGAGACGCUUCCUACAUAUUUUUUGUGUCGACACAAACGUAGUAUAAACUUGCUGAAUUUCAAGAAAGAAAGGCCUCUUUUGGUAAUUGUAGCAAACUUAAACAUUUAUAAAAGCGUAAUUUUAUAUUUAAAAGUACCUUGUAAUUCUACGAACAAUUUGUCUUUAUUGGAUUAAUAAAACAAAAAAUAAUAAUAAUAAUAAAAAAACGUGUUCGUAGUAUAAUCAAACAUAUUUAUGCGAUAUGCUUUACGAUGAUCUCACGUGGAAGAUGUUGUGGAAUACAUUUAUUGCUUAUAUGAAACCCACGGAACACGAACGUGUCUUUCACGACACUGCUGAAGAACAAUCUCAUAUCUAUACAGCUAUUGAAACUCUAUCGCCGAUAUAGAUAACGUCCCUGUACUAUAGGUCGCUCCUAAUAUUCUCAUAGUAAAAUAUUUGUUUUUGUAUUUCUUUAUAAUUAAAGAAAACGAAAAAUAUUAUAA